AUGCUCUGGACGAUUGGCAUUCUGCCGGCAGCUGUAGCUUUUGCACAUGCAGCACCGGCGGUCCAGAAGACUAAUGGGCAUAGCUCAGAUUUGGGGCCUUCGUAUGGCGGUAAUUGGCCAGGCUGGUCCGGCAUAACUCACAUGUUCGUUUUUGGAGAUAGCUACACCACAACAGGGUUUGAGGUGAAUGAAACACAGCCAUCGGAGGUUAAUCCCCUCGGCAAUCCAACUUACCCUGGAUACACAUCAUCUGUAUGUUGACAGGAUUCAGAGAGGAGUGGUCAAGCUGACCAGCUUUCUCGAGAACGGACCGAAUUGGGUCGACUUCUUAACUACGACCUGGAACAAGACCCUUGUAGAAACAGUCAAUCUGGCAUAUGGAGGCGCCACUGUCGAUGCUGCCCUGAUUCCGCAAUAUUUGCCGACCGUCCUAUCGUUGAAGCAGCAGGUGGAUGGUGAAUACGGCCCUACUUACGCCUCCCGUCCAGGCUUUUUCCCAUGGCAGCCCGAAAACACACUUUUCGCCGUCUGGAUCGGGAUCAAUGAUAUCAACAACGCCUAUCACUGGGCAAACAAAUCCGAAGUUUUCGACUUGGACAUCAAAGAAUAUGCUGGCUUGGUGGUAAGCGCUCUAAGGCUUUCCAAGACCAUCAUCAAUAACCCUGUCCAGGACACGCUCUAUUGUAACGGAGCUCGAAACUUUCUGUUUCUCAACGUCCCGCCAAUCGAUCGUUCGCCCUCAACGAUCACGAAUGGCGCGUCCUCGCCCUCCAUCCAAAGGACAGACAUAUCAGAAUGGAAUAGGAACGUAUCACGCAUCGCUAGCAAUCUGAGCAGCACUUAUCAGGAUGCUACGACUUUUGUUUUCGACACCAACAAACUCUUCAACCAAGUCCUAGACGAUCCGUGCUCGUAUGAGGCGACUUGUGCGUACAAAGACACCAGCGAUUACUGUGCGAGCUGUAUGUGCACCGAUACACUGCCUUAAAAGUCUGAGCUGACACGUGAGCAGACGAGAACGGCACUCCCUCGGUAACAUCUUGAACGUGGUAGGAGGUGCAGGUAUUGGUUGCUGACAGGUGACAGUGGUACACGAAAUACGACAACUGUACAUUUGCGGUCGAUGAGUAUUUUUGGGUGAGUGGAACCUGGCUCGCAGCAUGGCUUUUUCUACUGACGAGUCGAAGCUCAACGAUUUACAUCCGACAUUCCGGGUGCACAAUAUCACGGCAGAGGAGAUUGCACGGCGAUUAAGUGCAUGA